UUGUCCUGUGUUGAUGUGUCGCAGAUUUUAAUAGAAAAGUGAGGGAGGCAGGUAGCCUAGCUGGAGUUUGGAGUGAGAGGAGCGCAGAGGCUCAGCGCUCACAGCAAGUGUUCACACGGACAUCCAGCAGCUGCAGGGACACUUUGAGAUCAUUUUGUCCUCUCUGUUCUUUUUAUUUUAAACAAUUUUUAUUUCGACAACAACAGCGAGAGCCAGUUUGCGUCUUGUUUUGGAGCGUGUGUAUCAGCGCGCGGAGAUGGAGCUGUCAUCUAUCGGAGACCAAGUGUUUGCUGUUGAGUCAAUAACAAAGAAGAGAGUGAGGAAGGGUAACGUGGAGUAUCUGCUCAAAUGGCAAGGAUGGUCCCCGAAGUACAGUACUUGGGAACCAGAGGACAAUAUUUUGGACCCGCGCCUGGUCCUGGCCUACGAAGAGAAUCAGGAGAAGAUCAGAGCUCUGGCCUAUCGGAGGAAAGGUCUCAGACCCAGGAGGCUCGUCCUGCGGAACAUCUUUGCCAUGGACCUCCGCAGUGCCCACAAGGUCUCGGAGAAGCCCGCGCCUCGACUGCGUCUCUCCCUCACCCGCUCCAUGAGCACAGAUGUGGACCAGGGCGAGCGGGCCAGCCUGUACCGUCGCUUAGCCAGGAGAAAGAGAAAGCAGAGGGUGUCCAAACGGGGGCCAGAGGGACCCCCGAACAAAACCAUCCGUCCACUGAGGAAGAGGGAGGAGCCUGUUGAGGAGGACUGGGGCGGCACCAGCGAAGAAGAGAAGCACGGGUCUGAAUGCACCACAGAGGAGAGACGCGAAGACAGUUUAUAUGGUCAGUCAGAUUGCAGCUCCCCGCCCAUGCUGGAGCGACAGGACUUAGAGAUGCCAGUAGCAGGUAUAGAAACAUGGCUUGACGGACCAGGUGGCGAGAUACCUGAAGAGAAACAGAACCAAACCUUUGUGUGCGACCAAUCAAAAGACAGUGCCUCGGUGGCUGAGGCCGGACCAGAAGAUGCGGUUUCCAUGGGCAACAGGUCAGAUUGGGAUGGAGGUGAGAAGAGCGUGGAGCCGGAGUGUCCCACAUUAGAGCCCAUCAACAACAAAACCUCGGUGAUAGUGAGCGUUCAGGGGAGCAACGAGACGGCAGCUGACUGCUCCACCACUGAGGCAGGCAAGGAGGAAGAGGUGAGUGGCGACAAUCAGAGCGUUACCACGACGACAUCGGGCUGUCAGCCUGCUUUCGCCGCGGCAGGACAUCCUGGGAAGGUGAUUUUUACAAAAGUGACUAUCAACUCUCUGACAGUGACUUUUAAGGAAGCGACAGUGGCUGAAGGCUUCUUUAAGGGCUACUGAAUGACCAGACAGAGAGAUGGGGAGAGAUUUAAAUAACCUUAAUUAGACUUGCCACUCAUUUUGUAUAUGUAAAUAGUUGUUUAUGUUAUGUAACUCCACAUGUUUACAAAGCUACACUCAUUUCCUACUGAGUUCAAUGAAGACAUUGUUGCCUUUAAAUAAAUAAAUGAGUGGUAAUUUUAUGAUUGUGGCUCAUUUAUUAGGUGUGAUAGGAAGCCUGAGGCCCCAAAAAUGUCCUUGAAGCAUCCUCUGCAAUCCAGAGUACUAAGUGGAUCUCUGGCAGGUUUCGUUGCCGGGGGUCACUGGGUUUACAGAGAAUGGGAGACAGAUGCUGAGACAGCAAACCUAACAGUACAUAUACGACUUCCAUGCAGCUAAUUUUUUCCAAUUAUCCUCAGUGCUUUCCAGCCAGACAUCGGUCACACACUCAGAUCUGUUCUCCGGGCCUGUUUGAGUCGCUCCUCUUUCUUACAAAUACUGUUUUGUAAAUUGCUCUUUUUCAGUAUUUGCACAGAGAUAACUGCAUGCCCUGUCAGUCUGUGCCACACAUGCACAAAGCCCUGUCCUGUGGUUUGUUGAAGAGGUUUAUUUCUGUCACAAAAGAGAAAAGAAAAACACACACAAAAAAAAAACAAAGAGAAAGAAUUAACGCCUGC